GCUGGCUGUGUGUUUAUAUACGUGAAUCGUGAAUUCGUGAUAUGAAACGCACCUUGGAUUACUAUAUACAACUUAACAUGCACCUCUUUACAUGCAGUAGUAAGUAACCUACAAGAGUAUAUUAAACAAUCGACUGACCUACAUAAUCGUUCAUCAAAAGAUGCUGAAAACUAUCCUGAGGUUUUGUGGGAGAAAAUAGAGCUUUAUAUUGUUGUGCAGACACCUAGGUUUGUAUAUGUCACCGUUGUAUCCGCUAGUCUAAUAAAAGCAUCAUGAAUACAUCCACUUCUUGGUUAACAAACCUCCGGGUUGCUGUUGUAGGCGCUUCGGUAGGUGGACUGUCUGUGGCAAAUGUAGUACAUCAGUUAGGCGUAUACGUACAGGUAUACGAGAGAUCGCCCAAAGGAUUUCAAGACCGAGGAGGAGCAAUUAGUGCCAUUGACUUGGUACUACUUGAGAAAAUAUGCGGAGGUGUCAAUAAACAGAUGCAAGCAGAUAUGAACAUAUUAUCCAAGAAUAUCAUCCAACAGCGCGGUCAUUUCUAUGGCACUCUGUGGUCCUGUUUAUACAAUGCGUUGCCCGAAGACACGGUACAUUUCGAGUCGGAAAUGGAACAGAUCUUUGUAGUACCAAACGCACCCUUAAAACUUGCCGUGGGUGAGCACUGUCUGGAGUUCGAUAUAAUUAUAGGUGCAGAUGGGGGCAGGUCGACUACACGGCCGUAUGUUACCCGUAAACUACCAGCAUAUGCGGGAUAUACUCUGUAUAGAGGUCUGUGCGAUGUCCAAUACACACAAGGACCCCCCUGUGGCGAUGAGCAGGUAAACGGUGUAGACUACGUGACAUUGGGCUAUCCGAUAAUAGCCGGAAAAUCGGAGUUGUUAAGUUGUGAGUUGUAUAUGGGUAUGCCUGAGGAAUCAGUCCAUGGACCUUCAUUGAAUAGGCAGGUUACGGACGAAGCAGACGACUUUGCCGACAGCAGUUUGGAAUCGAACCCAGUGGCAAACAUACCUACAAACCAUGGCGAGGUACACAGCUUCAACGAAAGCUUUAUCAAGGAGGAGAAGGCCAUAGGAAAGCACGCCUACGCUAUCCGAAGGAGAGCAGUCCCCAACUGGUUUAUCCCCUUCAUAUACCAAGUUUUCGGAGAAGAAACCGCGUUUUUCUGGUCCCAAUGCGCCAAAUACGGCAAGGUCACCCCGCAUACCGUGUGGGAAUUCGUUGCAGAUCGCGUGGUCAACGGCCGAGUCAUCUUACUAGGCGAUGCAGCCCACUUGGCCAGCCCUACAACGAGUGCGGGCGCCUACACGGCCAUGGUGGAUGCCUAUGUGCUGGGACAAGCCUUAGAACAGAGCGAGGAUAUAGACACGGCGCUAGAGGUGUAUAACGAGGACUGUGUGGCCAGGGGAGUGAAGCUGUACCAGGCCAGUAGGGCGAAGGGGUCACGGUUUGCACCGGACGGGUGGGAUCCCGUAUCGCCCGAGACGCUGGUAAACUGGGAGGAACAAGGCUGACCGCCGUGCGUUCAGCUUAGUAGUGAAAUUAGUGAGAUUAAAUACGACUGCGUAUGUACGUGGGUGCUGACUGUAAGCGAUGGUAGUGACAUGUGUGUGUAUCAAUGCACACUACGUGUGUGAUGGUAUAGAGAUAUACUGCAUUCUACACUCUACACGUACGUGCACGCGUAACGUCGAAUAUAGGGCACCUGAGAACAGUUGGCAUCAGCGCGGUCAGUAAAGGUAGUGAAGUUAAAUAGACUUGUGUACAGACAUGGGCGCUGGUCAUGGCGAUGGUAAUGGCAUACGUGGGAUUCAAUAUAUGCUAUAGGUGCGAUGAUAGAAACGCUGCAUUGUACACAUGUCACGUGUAGCAGGUG